AUUGAUGACGUAACGGCGAGCGACGCAGCCCUCCUAGGCCCGCUCUGGCCGGUGCACGAGCAAUUGCUUUUGGCUGAGAAGAUGCAGCCAGAGUCUGAUGCUUUGUCGCUGGGAUUCCACCGGGUGUUCACGAGACAAUGAGAAGUCUCCAGUUUACUGAGAAGCAAACUGACUGGUCUGAGCCAUGGUUACUGGGACUUGUAGGCUUCCACAUACUUUGCUUGUUGCUCACAUACCUUACUUUCCAACGAUAUCGACUUCAGAUUGGCCAUUUCCUGUGUUUGGUGAUUUUAGUCUAUUGUGCUGAAUAUAUCAAUGAACUGGCUGCUAUGAAUUGGAGGUUGUUUUCUAAAUACCAGUAUUUUGAUUCCAGAGGGAUGUUUAUUUCCAUGGUUUUUUCUGCACCAUUGCUAUUAAAUGCUAUGAUCAUUGUGAUUACAUGGGUACGUAAAACAUUGACUGCAAUGACUGAGUUGAAGAUCCUGCAACAGAAAAGAAAAGCAGGAAGAGAAAGGAGGAAGAAAGCAGAACAAUGUAAAUGAACUUUUCAUUGAGUUUUCUAACAUUUUCUAGCAAUUUUCUUUGCUUUGAUAUUUGUGUAUCAUGCAGUAGAAUAUGCUUCAGUGAUACCUUAGUGGGUUCAUAAUUUGAAGCAGCCAUAUAUUCUUUUAUUUCAGUGUUUACUGUGAUAAAAGAAAAUACUCAGUUCACUUAUUUAAUGUAAGUUUUAAUUUAAUAUUAAAUGAUACUGUUUCCUAGAGCUAUAAAAUUGCAUUAUAUUGAUGUCAUUAUUAUUGUAGUCUAAAGAUAAUCUGAAUAAUAAACCUAGCUCUGUAAUUUAACUAAUUUCAGAAUCCAUCUAACCUAUAUCUGUAUUUAUUUAGAAAUUUCCAAUUUUGUUUAGUUAUACAUUGAUUUUUAUAUCAUGGUAUUGAUCAGCCAUUUGUAAGAUUCAUUUUGGCCACAUGCUGAAUCUAUGUUCAAUUAUAUUCUCCAAUUACAUUUUAAUCUGUUUCAGGUUUACUCAGCAGUGUUAUGAACUUGCUGCAUGUUUGACACCUCUGAUUUUUGUGCUAUAACUUCUAAAGUAUUAAAUCUCUUUAUAUCUAACAUUUAAUAAUGAUCUUUGACAAAACUGAUAGGAUGUAGCUUAUUGACAUGGUUAAUUUUCAUGUAAACUCAAUAGUGUCCUUUUCCCAAACAAACUUUAAUGUCUUAAGAUAAUAAUCUUUUGUGUUUUAAAUUAAAUUUUAAUGGACUGCUCCUUAAAUUAUAAUCCCAUUGUUCACAAAAACUCUUUUUGUAUAGAUUUUUGUGCCAUCAUGACCAAAUAAACCCAUGAAAUGUUGAAUAAAUUUUAAUCAGUUUUAAAAUAUUUGUUUAAAAAAAUAUGUGCUUGAAAAUGCUUGAAAAUUAUUUUAAAAUGAAGUGAUUAAUACUUUUGUCCCCAAAAUCUUAAGCAUUAAUUCACUGAGACUUUUAGAACACUUUGUAUAAUUAAGCAUAUCUCAGAAAAUUCUAAGAAUAGGAUAAUGAUAGAACAGCUCUCCAUUUUCAAAGCCUUAUUCUUUUAGAACAUGUCAAAAAACAAUCCAUUUAAUAGCUUUAAAUAAGAUGUUUAAUCAUUCAAUUUUUAUAAGGUUUAUGUUUGAAUUUUCAGAAUUUGACCAAUCAAGAGAAAGUAUCAUUAAUUUUAUUUUUAAAGAAACCUAUAUAGUGUGAUACACCCUGCAUUGUAAUCUCAUUCAUAAAGUAACCUUUCGUGUUUCAACUCAAUUUAAAAUUGCUUUAUUUACAUAAAGAAUAGUGAGAGGUAGUUGUGGAGGAAAAGUAUAAAAAUUCUUCAUAAGGCAGAGUGAUAGAGAGCUGUGUUACUGAUAAUAGUAAUACAAUUUAUCUGAUGCCUGCUAUGUCCCAGAUGGUGUGCUUUACAGAUUUUAUCUCAUUUGAUCAUCAACAUCAGCCUAGACUGGUAGAUGCUAUUAUUUGGUGAUGAAGAAUGAUGAAGAAAUGGAGUUACUUGCUCAGGGAUACACAACUAGUAAUUGUAAGAGGUUGAAUUUGACAUCAAGUUUUCCUAAUUCAAGGUUUGUUUAUUAUACUACUUACCUGCCUUUUUUUUUUUUUUCUUUAAAAGUUCCCUCACCUCCCGCCCCCCCCAUUUUAAAAAAUAAAGUGACAGUUCUUCAGUUUUUUCCAGAAUGGGGGGAAAAAAAAGUCUCCUUAAUAUUCUAGAAAUAAAAAAGAUAGAUGACUGAAUUAGAGAAUCUAUGUGUGAAAAUCUUAAAAGCAAAAUAAUCUCUUAUUUGAAAAUUGAAUCCCACAUUGUUGAAAUACCUGAAUUUUUCCGUUAUCAUUAAAAACAUCAUAACCACAAAUAUCCAUAGUUAUUUAUUGGAUAUUAGCUUGUCAUUUUACAGAGUGGCUUAGCUUAAUUUUUAAACUAAGCAAGAAGCAUUUAACUUGUAAGUAUUUUAUUAGCUCUCUGAUAUGUGGUGUCAUAGUUCUUAAGGAUAUUCCUGGGCAUUGAAUAUGAAAUAGUAAUGUAAAGAAAUAUAAUGUCAUUAUUAUGGCUUAAUUUUUAGUGAACAUAAUCCAGUAUAAUUAGUUUCAGGUUCUUAAUAUAUAGGAUCCUGAUAAUUUGCAUAGUUUUUCAGUAAGGCUUGAAUAUUAAAUGAAUACAUGACCAUAAUAUUCUUCAGAAAUUGCUAAUUUGGGAUGCUAAAUGAGUCCAGAGAGGAAAGAGAGUUAACAGACUAUACAAUUUGCUCAAUUUAUACUCAAGAAAGAGAACAUUUUUCUUAUGUAACAUUUUAAAAGUAUAAAAAAGUUGUUAAGAGAUUGAUACCAAUAGAUAUCAAAUUCAGUAAUUAGAUCACUGUAAUAGAAAUGGAAGUAGCUAAUGGGAAAACAAUAGCAACACUAUUUGAAUUUUUAAAAUCUUCAUUUUUAUCUUUGUAUUAGAGUGAUUUGGGAGCAAAGUAAUUUUUAAAAUGAAAGUUGUGCCUAUUCUCUAUCUCAAAGCUAUAGAUAUAUGGAUACAGAUAGUUGACUUCACUAAAAAAAAAGGAAGUUUAGAAAAUAUGAAUUGCCUCUGUAAAUUAAAUCUCAUUUAUGUUUUACUUGAAUGUUUAUAUGAACCUAGAAUUACCUUGGACGUGAUUUGAACCCUUACUUUUAAUAUAAUGAAAGUAUUCUUGACAAAUUAAAAACUCUGCAAGGAUUGAGAAGUGUUUUACUAAUUAUAUUUAGGGGUUUUUUUUUGUUUUUUUUAAAUUUGUUUGUUUUUUUUCCGUAUCACAUUUAUAUUGUCAGGUUUGUCAUUAAGAAAUUCUUUUAAGGAUUUUAAAUUUGAAAAAGCAAUUAGAUCAUUUGAUCUUGUUUCCAAAGCUGUUUAAUGUUUUUAUAUUUAACUAUCCAUUAUAAAUCUCUUGGUGUUUGGUUGUGGUUAUUGGUAGAAAGUAUCCUACAAGCCUAACUUCCUAAUUAAGCAUGUAAAAAGAUCAUAUGCAGAAUCUCACUGGGUGGCUCUCCUAUUCAUAGACUCUCUAGUAUCUCUUUUGUAAAAUACAAAUUCUUCAUCCUGACAUUUAAAGCCAUUUCUUAUCUGACUCUAUCCUAGAAUUAUUUCAUAAUAUUUCAUUUCAUGAAUAUUUACUCCAGCUAAGCUGCUACUGUCCUUCCUUUAUGCUCCUGCAUAGGCUGAACUCCACCUCUUUUCUUCCAUGCCUAGAAUUAAUUCCCCUCCUACUUAUCCUCUUCCUUUGAGACACUUUAGCUUCACUUAAGACUUAUAUGCCAUUUUCUAAGGGAAUUUUUUCUUUAUUACCCUAUUAGUGACUUAAGCCUCAAAUUGUUGUAUUUAUCUUUGUAAAUCUUGUGUCCUGCAAUGGAAUAUAAACUUUUCUUUUUCUUUUCUUUUUUUGAGGGAAGUGAUGAGUAGAGAAAGAGUUGUGCUGAAUCAGAUAUUUUUGUGGCCCUUCCAAAACAAUGAUAUAUUAUUAUGUAAAUCUAUACUGUCUUGUAUUUAUAUUUUAAUGAAACAAAUAUAUUGUUAAUAAAUUUUGAUAUGUUUUCU